AGCCGUAUCUUUGCGCCGCGCAGCACAAGGAUUCAGUAACCUGGAUAAGCAGAAGCCAGAUCCACACAUCCAUCCAUCAUCGCUAUGGGAAUUAUACCGUUCUUCUUCCAAAACGAAGCUCUCAUCCCCUACUACUUGAAACCGGUGCACUCCGCGGCACAGACUAUAAAAAGCCGUCAGUGGACGAUAUUUGUACACUAAUAGGAGAUGCGGAGAUGGCGAUGCUCCACCUAUGAAGCCCAAAAGAAACAGAUUUGGGCAUUUAUAAAGGAGACUGUAUCCUAUAGGACAACGGCUGGGAAAAUGUCAAUGACUUUGUCACUGGUGCUGCUGUGCUUUGUGGUCGGUGGCGUCUUAACCCACGUGCUGACCCCCAGCCCGACCACAGAGAAGCCCUUGUCUCCGCGAAACUACCACCACAUCGACCCCACCACAAGAAAAAUGCUAGUGUGCGACAAAUGUCCUGCAGGCACCUACGUGUCCUCUCACUGCACAGAGACCAGCGUGCGGGAGUGCAGCCCCUGUCCGGAGGGCAACUUUACCCGGGGUGAGAACGGCGUACAGCAGUGUCACCAUUGUCGGAGCCGUUGCCAAGCACCUUUUAUCGAAAAGACCCCCUGUACAUCCACCACCGAUCGGCUGUGCACCUGCCCGCCUGGCACCUUUUUCCAUGGUGUAAAGUGCAAGCAGCACACGGCGUGUCCGCCAGGGUUGGGCGUCAAAAAACGCGGAAGCGAAACGGAGGACGUGCUUUGCAAGCCAUGUCAGCGUGGCACCUUUUCUGACGUGCCGUCGGUCAUUCUGAAGUGCCGAGCUCACUCGGACUGCCAGUCUCUGGGUUUGAUGCUGCUGAUCAAGGGUACGAAGAAGAUGGAUAAUGUGUGUGGCCCGACUACAGCAAGUUCUAACUCGGUCGGAGAGGACGUUGCAACCACAGUUUCCAACAAAAGUACUGCAAUCUUACCAGCUGUGGGGAUCGAUGAUGUAGCAGGGCUACCGCUCAAUACCACAGAGACUCCCGUCGCCAACAUUCCCGCAACCACGGCAUCCUCUGAGGACACCGGAAAGGAAAAGCGUCAACAAAUCUCCACCACUCAUGAGCUUCCCGGAUUGCUCCACAAGAUCUCCGUGUCACGAGAUCACCAGCCGGCCAUAGACACUGUUGACGAGGGCAAGGCCCAGGGACUGGGAUUCCGACCUACCCGCAAGGGUGCGCCGAAACCGAGCAUGCACAAGCACUUUGACAUUAAUGAGCACCUGCCCUGGAUGAUAGUCCUGCUGCUUUUGCUGGUCUUGGUGGUCAUCGUGGUUUGCAGCGUGAAACGUAGCUCGCGGGUGCUGAAGAAGGGUCCCAGACAGGAUCCCAGUAGCAUCAUGGAGAAAGCCAUCCAAAAGAAGCCCGCUUCUCCUGCCCACACCAAAGAGAGGUGGAUUUACUACUCAAACGGACAGGGUGUUGACAUCCUGAAGCUGGUAGCAGCACAGAUUGGCAGUCAGUGGAUUGAUAUGUACAAAUCCCUGGCCAGCGCCACAGAGCACGAGGUGGCUGCCUUUUCAAACGGCUACUCGGCUGAUCACGAGAGGGCGUACGCUACUCUUCAGCACUGGACCAUACGAGACAGCGAUGCCAACCUGGCCAAGCUGAUCAAUGCCCUCCACCACCAACGCCGCAUUGAUGUGGUGGACAAGAUACGUAGUGUAAUGGAAGACAAUCCUCAGGUCGACCUGAACAAGCUAAUGACGGCUGUGAAUGUUACCCCAUGCCCGAGCCCCAACCAUAAGCCUUUAGAGUCACUGGGCAUUGUGGUGGAGCAGUCGCCCAUGGAGCGAACCAAGGGAUUCUUUCCCGACGAAUCAGAGCCGCUGCUGCGAUGUGACUCCACUUCCAGCAAGGACUCUGCCCUCAGCCGGACAGGCUCUUUCAUAACCAAAGAAAAAAAGGACACAGUGCUACGGCAGGUGCGUCUGGACCCCUGUGACCUGCAGCCCAUCUUUGAUGACAUGUUGCACAUUCUUAACCCCGAAGAACUUCACGUCAUUGAGGAAAUACCCAUGGCAGAGGACAGGUUAGACCGCUUGUUCGAGAUUGCCGGGGUGAAGAGUCAAGAAGCAAGCCAAACUCUGCUGGACUCGGUCUAUAGCCACUUGCCUGACCUCCUUUAGACCCCUGUAACCAUUUCAUUACUGUCAGCUAAAAAACAAAGGGACGGACAUCUAUAUGUGCACUUACAAUCUUACGUCUCGUUCAAUUCAACAUGCACGCAGCUAGGGAAUGCUCCAACAGAAGUCUCUUUGCACAUUACAGUACUCCUUGCAUUUAAACUGGGUUGAUAGUCUUCAUAGUUUGGAGCUUUCUUGUAUGUGUGCUGCUGGACUAUAAACCGCCGGUGUCAAAGCUAUAAUCUCUUAAACAUGUAGCAUAUUAUUGCACACACAUUGGCAUGAUGUCUAACGCAGAAGCUAUGUAAUGUAAUUUAUGAACCGUUUGUUUAAGUCCUUUGAUAUUCUGUUAAAAUAAGUUUUGUAUUACUACUAACAUGUUACCAAAACACCAAGGUAUUUUUUAUGUUUUUUGUACAUUACCACUGUAGCUUUUUAGAUUUUCAUUUGUUAUUGUAAUUUAAUUUGUGUGCUAUGUGAUUUCAAGGGCAUUGAAUGAAAACCAUUCCUGUUGGGUAGUGUACAUUCAUUAUACUCUACUUUAAACAAAGUUAUUCCCCCACGAUCAGCCUCUCUGGAGUGUUACCACUAAACGCUGUUGAUUUCAAACAGGUUGGAGUACAACCAAAAAAAUACAUUUCACGACACAAAAUGAAGCAUUUCAGAAUACUGUAGAUGCUUAAACAGAGAGAAUGUCUCUCCUAAACUCUGUGCAAGUGAAUCAAGCCGUUGGUGCUAGAUUGUGGACAGAUUUACCCCAAUAACAGGGUGUGUAUGGCCAUUUGACCUCUGAGCUUGUGGGCCAAAAGUAUAGCUGGUCAUGUGGAUCUUAAAUAAAAGCGUUGGAUGUUCGAAAACACAAGAACAAACAUACGCAGUGACAGAAGUAUGGAAAUUACAGAUAUGUUUUUUCUAAUGGCUGUUUUGAGAUGUAACACAUGUAACCAAGACAUUUAUUGUUGUUUUAAUUAUAAUAUAACCUGAAAAAUCUA